CAAGCGACCCCCUCCAGAGUUCACAAUGCAUGCCGACGUUUUAGGACUUGGCUAUUGGUAGACAUGCAAGUGUAGCAGUCAGCUGUUAAUAGACUGUGUGUUAGUUUCGAUUUUGGUUCGGUCGCUGUGUGAAAUUUGUGGAGGCAGCGAACCCGUUUAACCAUUCGGCCCUGGAAUAAUCGCUAUCAACGGAAACAUCAGUAAGUUUCAACAGGAGAUACAUAUUACUUAUCAACAUGGAUGAAGUAUCGAGGGAAACCAAAAGCAUAGUAGACAAGGUUUUAAAGGACGUCGGAAAGGCAUCUGCUGCAAAACAACUUGUAAUUGGAACCGUCUCCGGAUGGUGUACUGGUUUUGUGACAAUGAAAGUUGGAAAAGCGGCAGCAGUUGCAGUUGGAGGUGGCAUUAUUUUGUUACAGAUUGCAAAUCAUAAAGGUUAUUUGAAAAUUAACUGGGAUAAAGUUCACAAAGAAGUAGAUAAACUUGCUGAUAAGGUAGAAGAAAAAGCUACAGGAGAUGGUCCCAAAUUCUUGGACAAGAUGGAACGACUGGUCGAUCGAAAUAUUGAUAAGGCUGAAGAGUUAUUGAAGAACAAGCAGCGCAAAGCAAAGCGUUGGUACCAUAGUUUUAUUGGUGAUGAAGACUAUUUCCAGGUUCAAGAAAUUCAUAUUUUCCUUGCUUCAUUUGUUUUGGGUUUUUCGGUCGGAAUUGUGACAGCCUCCUGAAUCGAAUGAAAAGGAAGAGCAUUCAUGUAGAUUACUGUAAUUUAAGGCAUUUUACUAAACUUGAGUUAUUUAUUUCUGUAAUGAAGAGGUAAUAGUGAGUAGAACUGGAUUUUUCGUGACUGAUAAGAGCUUUAAGGCAGACUGUAGAAUCUCAUAAAUGAAUUAUACAAGAGGUAUAUGUCAGACUGGUUUUUCCAGGUGAUGUGGCUGGAGUAUGCUUUGUGUAAUUUAUUUCAAGAUAACACACCUAAUUUUUGUCACCUUAUAAAUUAUUAUUUAUUAAACGUAAGGUACCUAAUAAGUUCCCUAUGACUGAUAAUUUGAAAGUAUUAACUGUUCACACAAUUGAUAUGUGAUAUAGUAUAGAUUGUAUGCAAUAAAUAUUGUGUAGUAAUAAAUUAUAUUGUGUUUUGACAAUUUUGUCCUUUUGGCAUUAUCAAAAUUACAAUGUAUUUCAUAAAAACUGCAUAGUUGCAGAGGAUUGCAAUGUGUAGGGGACUGCAGAGAUCCAUAAAAAUAAUAGACAAACUAUAGAAAAAGGGAAAGUCAUUAACCACUUACGUAUAUUAAAAAAAAAAUUCUUCAGUGUGUAUUUACCUUUUUUACUCACAUUGAUGCUGGCAUUUAUAUUAAAUUGGGUCAAGCUACCAUGGAUGUCCUUUGCUUUGAGUCAGGGUAACAAAAGUACUUAAAAGUAGAUGAUCUGAUUUCAAAUUAGUGCUUUGUGAUAUGAUUUAUUAUGUAACAAUUCAACAUGUACCAGUCACCAAACUCAAUAAUCAUUAGCAUUUAUUUUCAGCAGGUGGUUAUCAGGGUUUUUGGGCUUCAUUUCAGAUUUAAUUAAAAUUUUUUGUAGAGAGAAUUCUUUUGUUGAUAAUGUUCAACUGAUUUUUCAUAUGUGUAUAAAUCUGAACUUUGUAAUAGCCCCUUCUGUACUGGAAGUUCUUCUCAGUGAAUGCUUCACAAUUGUAACAUUAUGUUUUGGAUUAUUAGUAUGCACAAAUAUCCUUACAAACUGCAUCUCAUCCUGCACAUGUGGUAAGAUACCGUUAAUGAAUAAAUUUGUUCUUUUCUGCACUCAUAA